CCACCAUUUUAUUGAAAUUUUGCAGAUCAUGCCGCGAUGAAAUAGGGUUGUCUUUGUUGAAAAUAAUUGAAAUUUAUCUCAUAAACAAAAGAAUCGAAUUGUGUAAAACUUGUCAGAUCAAACUAAAGAGACUUUUUGUUUUCCAAAAUGGUGAAAAAUACGAGUACAGAUGUGGAAAUGAAGGAUGUUUCGAGUCCUGCGUCGGGUGGGGAUGAUCAAGAAACGAAAGAAGAAACCAAAAAAGAUCCAGAUUUGUUGACUUUAGAAGAUAUUAAAGAACAUGUACGUCAUAUUGAAAAAGCAGUUGCAACAAAAGAACCAAGAUUUAUGUCUAGAGUUAUCCGUGGGUUGGUGUCUAUUCGUAGAAAAUUAUCGUCAAAUAUUCUUCGUAAAUUAAUUCAUGGGUAUUAUACAGCCUCUUCACAACAGAAAGAAGAUCUCACACCUUUCUUGAUAGAGCCAGCAACAGUAAAUGGUAUUGGUGUACCAUUUCGACCGAGAUCAGGAAAAGCUGCUACCCUGCCUCUAGUUCCAGAAUUAGAUAUCUAUUUCAAUCUUCUAGUAGUUAUAUAUCUCAUAGACCAGAAAAAAUAUAAAGAGGCAUUAAAAUGUUCGGAACAGUUAGUGAAUAAAAUAGGAUUAAUCAAUCGUAGAAGUUUAGAUAUGUUAGCUGCUAAAUGUUAUUACUAUCAUUCUCGUGUUUAUGAACUGACCAACAACCUAGAGGUCAUCAGAGGAUUUUUACAUGCCCGAUUGAGAACAGCUACAUUACGCAGUGAUUUUGAAGGACAAGCUACGUUAAUAAAUCUUUUACUGAGAAAUUAUUUACAUUAUAAUCUUUACGAACAGGCUGAUAAACUCGUCACUAAAUCAUGUUUCCCAGAAUCCUCCUCUAAUAACGAAUGGGCACGAUAUCUUUACUAUUUAGGUCGUAUUAAAGCAGCUCAGUUAGAUUAUACGGAAGCCCAUAAACAUUUAGUACAGGCAUUACGUAAAGCUCCUCAACAUAGUGCUGUUGGCUUUAAACAAACAGUGCAGAGACUAGCUAUAGUAGUAGAAUUAUUGUUAGGUGAUAUCCCAGAUAGACUAACGUUUAGACAGCCCUCCAUGAAGAAAACACUAGCCCCUUAUUUCCAACUCACCCAAGCUGUACGGGGAGGAAACUUAAUAAAAUUUAAUCAAGUUUUAGCUAAAUUUGGUUCCAAAUUCCAAGCAGAAGAUACAUAUACAUUGAUAAUACGAUUACGUCACAAUGUUAUUAAAACCGGUGUUCGUAUGAUCAGUUUGUCCUAUUCUAGAAUAUCAUUGGUUGAUAUAGCCAGUAAACUUUGUUUAGAUUCACCUGAAGAUGCAGAAUACAUUGUAGCGAAGGCUAUACGAGAUGGUGUUAUAGAAGCGAGAAUAGACCAUGAGAAGGGUUACGUCCAAUCGAAAGAGACUAGUGAUAUUUACGGAACCAGAGAACCAAUGGCUGCCUUCCAUCAACGUAUCAGUUUCUGUCUUGGAAUACACAAUCAUUCUGUUAAGGCGAUGAGAUUUCCACCAAAGUCAUACAACAAAGAUCUAGAAUCAGCUGAGGAUCGAAGAGAAAGGGAACAACAAGAAUUGGAAAGUGCUAAAGAAAUUGCUGACGAAGAUUUUGAUGGAUUUCCUUAGAAACGACGGAAUGACCCUAGUUACCAGGCUAUCCCGGAGAAAGAUAUAAAUAUGUUUGUGUAGUAUGGAGGGAUUUCCAUGGUGAUAAUUUGACAAGGUGUAACAUUACUAUUGUAUAUACAUUGUGAUACUGUAUUCAAUUCUGAUUGGACGAUUUAACAUGUUCUUAAUUUACUUCUUUCGUGUCCAAGUUUUGCGUUAAUUUUCAAAAAAUCCUUAUUUUAUUGAUAAAAUCCUGGGUUAUUCUGAGAUGUCCCCUUGUCCUAUUUAUUUUAUUUAUGCUGGAAAUGUGCUAUUUUCUAAAAAAUUGUUUAUUAGGACUACAGAAUUGUCUAGGGGUGCUAACAGGCAAUUGUAUUUAAGAUAAAAAAUUUGAAAUUUUGGCUAGCCUCAUUUCUGAUGACCCCAAUGAUGCCACUGGUGUUUUUGUAUGUACAAAAAUUUUGAACACCAUAUAAGGGCAUACAAAAGAAAGCAAUGAUUGUUUUGGGAUGCUCUCAUGUCUGUCUGUCUCUGUAAGGCUUUGGUUACUUUUUCGAAACAAACAACCCUAUUUCUAAAAACAGCUAAAUUAAAAGGAAAAAAGAGAAUAUGUGGGAAGGGAAGUAACUCAAUUCUGAAAUAUAUUCUGACCACAACAAAAAUUGAAAGGCAUAGAUCUUGAUAAAACUUUCCCCGAACAUCUUUACAUUGUUUGAGGUGUGAAAAGUAAAGAAAAAAGAAAACUUUUGAAUAAAAGAUGAAAAAAAAGUUUUCUUGAAAAGCACCGAUUCAGGACUGAAUAUUUUUCAUAAAUUAGUGAUUAAUUGUUAUUUCAAGUAAAGUAUCAUACGAAUAACAAUCAAAUUAAAGACUGAAGUUUUUCGGCGUGUUCAAAAGACACAAAACCCUGAUUUUUCCUUCAUUCUGUAAUAAAAUGUCCCAUAGUUUCUAAAAGACUGUCAAAGUAGAAUGCAAUGUCCCUCUUUUGUUUCUGUUUAAAGAAAUUCACAUGUAAAGUUGUCAAUUGAAAUAAUAUUUCAGAAAUGUUUAAUAAAAGUUGGUUAAACCAAGUAUAAACUUCUAA